AUGGCCUCCAAGGGAUCCUAUGUGAACUUCAGUACGCCGCAUCGAAAGAGCGGCAGUCUGAAGAGCAAGCAACUGCGAGCGCAGCCAUCCAUGGACGAAGUCCCUGAGGAGAGAGAGGUGUUAGCUUACAGACCCGCAAAGACGAAUUACAUACAGCUUCAUGUGACGACCGAUCAAGAGGCACCUCGAGAUGGCGCCCGCAGCCCACAAUCAAUAACGUUUCGACCAUCUCAAMCUGCGAUACCGGAACGAACGACAUCCUUGUACUCAAGGCCAGACAGCUCGUUGACUACGAGCUCAAAGGGGUCGAAAUACAAGUUCAGUACUACUCCAACUCUGGUACGAACGCCGUGGGAAUGGGAUCGUGGUCGACCGGGUUCACGAUGGGCGCGAACCCCUUCAGUUCGAAGCUCGCGUCAUCCCCAGCCAACAUUUCCACAAUUGCCAAGAGAGWUAUAUCAGUGUAUCGUGGAGAGCCUGGAACGUGUUCAUUCCGUUGGAGACGCUGUGAGCGUGCGCGAGCUUCGGAAUGACCUGCUCAGCGUCUGCCUGGUUGACAGACUGUGGCAUCGGGCCGCGAGAGCACGACUAUUCCGUGAGCUGUGGCUACCCAGCAACAAGACUCCUGCGAGACGAAGAUUCUCCUUCAAGCCGCAAUCACGAAGCCGUAUGAAAAUACUGCUAGCCGCACUUCGCACAUAUCCGGCGUUGGGACCACUUAUCCAAACCAUCCAUAUUCCAGCAGAUUUUGCACUUGAGCUCGAGGUGGACGCGUUCUCGCCUUUCAGACCGGGAUCGCAUUUGGACAUGCUACAAGAGCUGGUUCGCUAUUGCUCCAAUUUGGAGCAGAUCUGUGGUUACGUUCCACCUGCAACAUUGACAACACGAGUUCUGUUCGAGGCUUUGGGCUCGCGAACCAGGCUGAGGGCUCAUGCGUGGCAUCUUGAUUCCUCGACAAUCCUUCCAAGCCUCUCGGAGUUUAUACACUUCCACGACGACUGGAUGAGGCUCGAAACUUUGGUCAUUGCAGGAGACCCUGGCGUGGACUUGGGUAUGGGGACUGUUUCUUCGAUUUUGGAAAGACUGCCCUCUCUGAAACAUCUGAUGCUCACGGGGCUGCAUCAUUCCGACUUCAAUAACGGCACGAUUCUGGCUCUACCAGCCCUGAGAUCUUUGAGACUGGACGCUCUGGCCGGUGUAACAGAUGAAGGCAUUGAACAAUUGGCGUCGUCGCGCCUUGUGUCGUCCCUGGAGCGCCUCACAUUAGUUGAUCUGGAAUUGCAGUCACUCAGGACGAUCGAAGCUAUUCUGACCAACCUGCCGCGCCUCUCUAGCCUUGCAGUAAAGCAAGAUGCCUCGCCCGAGCCACAGGCAGGCAUAUCCUAUAGCAUGCCGCUCUUACUCGCCUCGCCCAGCCUAAGGCGUCUCCAUUGGGACUGUCUCAUCCCGGGAACAGCUUUGUCUUGGUUCGCAGAGGCCAUCGAGGCUGAUAGACUUCCUAGCUUGAGGCAUAUCAGAGCCCCAUGCGACUACGACGGGAUUAUGCAGGGGCUUUGUCGCCCCAUUCCUCGGCUCAAGUUGACGAGCUAUGAUUUGCAGUAUCACGAUGCCCACACUGAAUAUACAUACGAACGAGACCUGCGCGUCGCUCAGAUUCAGGCACAGUUGAGGGUACGAGAGAGUCGUAGAAAGCCUUCCUUCACUGUGAAUGUGCAGGACGAAUCGAUGGAGAUACAACAUACUCAUGUUAUAGGCUCAUAUCUUGGAAGCAUGGAGUCUGCCAUCGAUUACGAUCUGACGCCGGCCGUCACUGACAAAGCCAUGGCUGAGUUCGAUGACAUUGCACGGCCGACAAGGGAUGCGGGAGGACUUGAGCGUUCGUUGGGGUAUGGGUUGCUGUUUUAG